AUGAGCGUCCAACAGCUAGAAGCCCUCGUGGACUAUUUAGAGGGCCAACAAGAGCUUGCCCUCGGACGGUGCACACGCUCCAAAGAGGGGCGCAGUCUGGCGAAAAGGUUGUGGCAGGAGUGCGCCACUAUAUUAAAUAAUGUAUCUGUAGACUCUGCCCAGAAAACAGGAGAGCAAUGGCGGAUGUUCUACAACGAUUACAAGUACCGCCUGCUAAAAAAAAUUAAAAAAGAAAAAAUUGAAAGGAGCGCUACAGCACGUAACCGGUACCGUGAAUUGCACGGUAACCAGCGACGAGUGCCUGUGAUUCAAACAAUCCUGGGGGUGUACCAGCGCUUACUCGACAACGGACAGUUUCGACCUCAUCAAGCCGAUUCCAGGAGGCCACGCAUCGCUAGUGACCUUGAAGAACGAGUGCUGGACUACUUCAGUGAUAACCCACACCGUGUGGGCCACACGCGAGCACACGUGAUGCAGCAAGACGGAGCGCCUGCACAUUAUCACCGAGCAGUUCGUUCGUACCUCGACGCUACCUAUCCUAACUACUGGAUAGGCCGUGGAGGACCUAUUGCUUGGCCUCCUAGAUCGCCCGACCCUACACCCCUAGAUUUCUAUCUCUGGGGCCGUGUAAAAGACUUAGUGUAUGGACACAGUGGUAACAACAUUCGAAAUGUGGACGAAUUAAAAACCCGCAUACUAGAAGCCCUCGUGGACUAUUUAGAGGGCCAACAAGAGCUCGUCCUUUCAGGAAUGCCGACCAGACAGCGCCUAGGAGCGCCACGUCGAAAAAUCAACUGGGACGCCUUCACCAAUAAACUGGAGAUCACCACGCCGACUCGGCCUAUCGUCUCCCCCGCGGACGUGGACGGUCUGGCUGAAGAGGUCACCGUUUGCAUCCAGAGCGCCUUAAAUGAGGCGACAACUGUGUCUCCGCAGGGGGCAACCGCCUACCCCCCCCUGCCGCGCCACCUGCAGCAACUGAUCGCCCAGAAGAGGCGCCUACGCAAACGGUGGCAAGUUACCAGAUGCCCGACGGAGAAGGCCGUCGUAAACCGUCUCGCGGAGAGAAUUAAGGCCGAGCUCAACGCACACCGCAGCGAGAGCUGGGAGGCCCGCAUCGACGCUGUCGACGGCGACUGGCCGUCUAUACACAGACUGUGCCGACAGCUGUCGAACACCCCAGCUCCAGUGCGGCCGCUGCUGGACAGCGGCGGGGCACUUAGAUACACCGCACCAGACCGCGCGGAGAUCUUUGCCGAGCACCUGGAGCGUCAAUUCCGCCCGAACGACACUCAAGACGCAGAACACGUCGCAGCAGUCGAGAAACACCUUGGGGACUACUUCGCAUCGCCGAUAGCCUCUGAGGAAGACCCUAUUUUCUUCGCGCCUGGCGCAGUCAGACGCGCCAUCCUCCGGACCAAGCUGAAGAAGGCCCCCGGUGCUGACGGUAUCACCAACACAGCGCUGCGCCACCUGCCGUACCGUAUGGUCGUGGCCCUGGCGCGCCUGUACACGGGGAUACUGCGCACGGGGACCUUCCCUCGCAUAUGGAAGGAGGGGCGCGUUAUCAUGCUGCCCAAGGCGCAGAAGAACGUGCUGAAGCCAGAGAGCUAUCGGCCCAUCACUCUCCUGCCCACCAUCUCCAAGGUGUUCGAGCUGCUCCUGCUGCGACACCUCACCCCGCACCUGACGCCGCGCCCAGAACAGUACGGGUUUCGGGCGGAACACAGCACGACGCUCCAGCUGACGAGGGUACUGCACCACUUCGCCAACACGGUGAACAGGCGUGAACACGCGGUUGCAGUAUUCCUCGACAUGGAGAAGGCUUUUGACCGGGUCUGGCACCCCGGUCUCAUAUACAAGAUCUCCACGUCGGAUACGCCCCGCCGCAUAACACAGGUGAUCUCCAGUUUCCUUACAGGUCGCACAAUACGUGUGGUGGUCGACGGCGCGCUAUCAAGCGCGCGCCCGGUGAGAGCGGGAGUGCCGCAGGGAAGCUGCCUCUCGCCCGUCUGCUACUCACGGUACACCGACGACAUCCCCUCGGCGGAGGACUCGACACUUGCGCUGUAUGCUGACGACGCCGCGUACAUCACGACGUCGAUGAGCGCGAAGCACGCGAUCGUCAAAAUGCAGCGUGUCCUCGACCUCCUCCCCGAGUGGCUGUCCAAAUGGCGGCUGUCGGUGAACGUGGGUAAGACGCAGGCGAUCAUCAUCGGGGGCGGCCCCGCACGACCACCCAAACUGGCACUACAAGGCGCCGAGAUCGAGUGGUCGCCCCGGGUCAAGUACCUGGGCGUCACCAUCGACCGGCGCCUCACCAUGGCUGCACACGUCCGGCAGGUCGCCGGUAAGGGCAGGGUAGCCCGCGCCUUGCUCAAACCAGUGCUCUCAUCUCGCCUCCCGCUGCGUACCAAACUGGCGGUGUACAAGACGUACAUCCGGCCGGUACUGACGUACGCCGCCCCAGCCUGGUUCGCCCUCACUAGCGAGAGGAGCCGCAAGACGCUGCGCUCACAGCAGAGCGCAUGCCUGCGGCUCAUCGCACAAGCUCCCCGCUAUGUGAGGAACGACGUCCUCCAGCGGGACCUUAAGAUGGAGAGCCUGGACGAGUUCGUGCGCCGGCUCAGCGAGGGCAUGUUCGCGCGUGCAGACGCAUCUGCUUGGCUUCACGUCAAGCACCUGGCGCCCUUGCACGCGCGCCCGCCUGACGCUAAGGCCUUACCGCGCGACCUCCUGCCGGACGCGCCGCCACCACCGGACUGACGACACCCGAGCUGGCUGCACCCAUCUACACGCAGCCAGCUCACACAACAGACACUCCACAUACACGAUAUACACUCGGCGAGCGUCGUGUGCUAGGUUAAUAUAGGCACGACGCAACCCGCCACACAAUCACGACUCCACAACAUUGUACUCACGCAAUACCGUGUCGCGCAAGCGCGCACACGGUGGCGCACUCACUGAGCGGCGGUACACACACAUACAAGCCGCUCAUACAUACAUAAUCGGCCCGUCGGCUGGAGCGUGACCGGCUACCUCUGGAAGCGUUACAGUCGCGGGUCUAGCAUACCCGUUGUGCAGGGGCGCAGAGCCGGCGUCUCUGUCGCUGGUCGUCACCCGCCGGGCCUCCCCCGGGUAACCGGGGGUCUCACCUGGCGGGGACUGACCGCCGAGAUGCCGUGAAGAAGCGGCAAUGUGCUGCCGCCAGCGCACCUGCAAACAAACACACGACAUAUUAACACAUAGGGCAGCGUCGCACAAACGCUGUCCUAACCUGCCGCGCCUAUAUCGGCAAUCUAAGGACCUGCCCGUAGUAACGGGCAGCGGUUGGAUCCCGCGGGAAAGGGGCAUAGCCCCGUGGCCCGCCAGCCGCGCCCCCUUGCGGGGGCGCAGCGACUACCUCAGCCU